AUGGCAGUCAAACCUCGCACCGACCGCCCUGUAGCCAUCAUUGGCGGCGGCGUCUUGGGCCGACGUAUCGGCUGCGUCUUCGUGGCAGCUGGCUACAAUGUGCACGUCCGGGAUCCAUCAACCGCCGCGUUGCAGGGUGUCGUGGAUUACAUCGACGCCCACAAGCAGGAGUACUCGUUGAUGCCACGCAUCAGCAAAGACAAGGGAUCAUCCCGAGAUGCCGACGAGACGCACAAUGACAACCAAAUUGUCGAUGCUGGACUGUGCGACACGGGCGUUUCGACUGUCGACUUUGAGUCGUACACCCAGGCGCCUUUUGGCAAUUACAAGACCUUUACGGAGAUCGGGCCCGCUGUUAGUAAUGCGUGGUUGGUUAUCGAGGCUAUUCCUGAGAAGCUGGAUCUUAAGAUUGAGACUUUCCGUGAGCUGGAUGAGAGAUGUCCGGCGGAUUGUAUUAUUGGGUCGAACAGCUCUUCUUUCAAGUCGAGUUUGAUGUCGUCCAAGGUAUCUUCUGAGCGGAAGAAGAGAUUCCUCAAUAUCCAUUUCACGAUGCCGCCCAUGAUUCGGACCGUGGAGAUGAUGACCUGCGGAGAGACGGAUCCCCAGAUUUUCUCCUACCUGGAGGAUGUGAUGGGCGAAUGUGGACUGUUGCCGGUUACUGCGCGACGAGAGUCGACAGGAUUCAUCUUCAACCGGCUCUGGGCCGCAGUGAAACGCGAGAUCAUGAACAUCCUCUCCGAAGGUGUCAGCGACCCCAGCGAAAUCGAUCUUCUCUGGGAACACAUGUUCAAAAACGGACCCCUGCCCUGCCAACUAAUGGACCAAGUCGGCCUCGACACCGUAGCCUACAUCGAAGACAACUACGUGCAAGAGCGCGGCCUGGAUCCCGCAAAGACAGUCAACUGGCUACGAGAACACUACAUCAAGCAGGGCCGACUCGGCAAAAAGAGCGAAAAGGGCGGCCUCUACCCUCCAACCGUCAAAUCUGCCACCGCACAAGCCCAGCCCGCAAACCCCCCCACCGCAGCAAAGGACAUCUACCUGCUGGACGUAGGCCUGGGCGGCAACGCCCGCGACGUCUCCCAGGUGCACACCAACGGCAAAAUCCUGCGCCUGAACCUGGCAACGCAGAAACUCACCCCGGUCGUCGUGGGCCAGAAUCUGCCCGACGGCAUCGACGUCUCGCUCGAAUGCCAGCGCAUUUUCUGGACGAACAUGGGCCGCAGCACCGCUGCUUGCGAUGGCUCGGUGUGGACGGCCAAUAUGGACGGAAGUCAAGUCCGCUGUGUCAUCCCCAAGGGCAAAGUACACACGCCGAAACAGAUCUCCGUCAGGGAUGCGCGGAAACAGCUGUAUAUCUGCGACCGCGAGGGCACAAGUAUACACCGCGUGUGCUACGACGGGAGCAACCACGAGAUCGUCAUGCAGCGCCGCGCUACCGCAGACAUGAAGCUCGGCGAGCAGAUGCGGCUGUGGUGCGUGGGCAUCGCCCUCGACGAGGAACACGGGCACAUAUACUGGACGCAGCGGGGCCCGAGUAAGGGCGGGCGAGGCCGGAUUUUCCGCGCAGGCCUUGACAUUCCGCCUGGCGAGACGGCGGAGACUCGCUCUGAUAUCGAGUGUUUGUUUGAUGGGUUGCCGGAGCCGAUUGAUAUCGAGAUUGAUAGUGAUACGCAGACUUUGUACUGGACGGAUCGGGGGGAGCACCCCAUGGGGUGUGCGUUGUAUCGGGCGUAUGUUGGUGGGGAGCAGGUUGAUAUGCACAAGGUUAUUCUGGCGAGACAUUUCCAUGAGCCGAUUGGGUUGAAGUUGGAUCGGGCGAAUAAUAUUAUGUAUGUGGCGGAUUUGGGGGGCAGUUUGUAUUCUGUUGGAUUGGAUGAUGGGAUGAAGGUAGAGUUGGUGAGGAAUGAUGGGUGUUAUACGGGUAUUACUUUGGUUUAG